AUGUCCCCGCAGGACCGGUCGGGCUCCGCCAUGUCCACCAGGGAGAGAAAACCGCACCACAUCGAAAUCCUGGAAGAUGGCAGCCAUCGCCACCUCAUUGAACUUGAGAAGCCUGCUGGCCUCUUCGAGAAAUUGUGCAAGACAUUCACCCAUUACACCCCUCGACAAACUCCAAGCGAUCCCGUGAUCCAACGAUCCGAAACUGCUCAGGGAGACGGCAGAACGGAACCUUUCUCCCACCGAUAUGGGAAAUGCACCAAGGUUCUGCACUACGGGUCGUCAACUUUCGUGGGCCUCUACGCCAAGAAAGCAUCGAAGCGCUCGGGGAAAGAACAACUGUACGCUGUCAAAGUCCGUCAUCGCUCCCCCGGAAGACUCUUGGACGAGUACCGUCGCGCAGCGAUGGGGAUCUCCUCACUCGUCGUGCAUCCAAACAUCGUGCGCACCCUCGAACAUUGCCCGAAUGACAAGGGCGAUCUACACUCCGUCAUGGAAUACUGCGGCGGCGGCAGUCUGCAGACCCUUCUUCUGCAAGCAAGGAAGCUCUCAGCCGUGGAAGCGGAUUGCUUCUUCAAGCAGCUCCUGCGCGCAGUUUCCUUUCUUCAUGACGAAGGCAUCGUGCACCGACGGUUGCGGGCGGAGAAUAUACUGCUCACUGUCAAUGGGGCAGUGAAGGUGGCACAUUUUGACAGUGCCGAGUGGUUACCGAAGGACUUGCGACCGCUGCAAAAAGCGCAACCCCCGCUGGAGCAGAUCCCCUACACCGCACCGGAGGUGCUGCGUGGUCGCGAACACGACCCCCGGGCCAGCGAUGUUUGGGCGGUGGGAUUGAUCUAUGCGUUUAUGCGGUUGGGCAUGCUACUGUGGAAGGUUGCUGGCGACGAGGAUCGGAAUUAUCAGUGGUACUUGCGGACACGGGAGGAUGUGGAAGGGUUCACGACGAUUGAGGAGUUUGGCAAUGAACGCUGCUGCAAUGUGAUCUAUGCUAUGCUUGAUCCCAAGCCUGAUCGCCGGGUUACAGCAUACGAGGCGCUUCAUUCGGAAUGGAUUCAUGAGAUUGUAGUUUGUGCUGCGGGGGAGGCGGAGACCUGCCGCAGUGCAAUGUUCCCGUUAUCGCAUUUCCGCCAAUACCGGCGACGAGGCGCAAUUGUGUUUCGAGCCCUGAUCCUCGUGCUGAUCGUCUAUUGCUGCAAGGCUACUCUUCGGACACGACAAUUCCACCCCGUGGAGCAGGACGCCCAAACCAUACAGAAGAGACUGGAACCCAGCCUUGCCAUCCCUGAGACAGCUCCAUUACAACAGCCGGUCGCCCUGCCCGACCCUCUACGAGCCGGACCCCCCGUACCCCCCGUACCCCCCGUACAGCCCCAAACACCCCAAACAGCUCCAGACAACCACAACCUCACCCACCACCUCGCGAACCUCUUCGCCGCCCUCCCCGACGAAUCUCACGCCCACACCCUCACUAGCCCGCUGACAGCGACCGGGGAAGAGAGACUCCGCGACCUGGGGUUCCGGACACGCGCCUUCGACGCCCUCUUCCGCGCCUGGGAAGCCAUCCACCUAGUCCCCACCGAGACAAACCAGAUGCUGAUCCGCGACGGCAUCGUGCGGAUCCUGCGCGACCACCCAGAAAUCACAGCCGACCUCGACCUCACCCCAGCCAGCGCGAUCCACGCCUACGAGACCACACGCAGCUUCCUGACCCAACUUGCGAAACGCCUCUUCCCAUGGACCACCCCCUACUCGGCCGACCACAUGACCCUCCACGCGCAGUUCCACGACGGAGGGCGUGGCAUCGUCUUCACAGCCGGCAACGACCAAGCGCCGUACCUAGCAACAUCAAUCCGCGCCCUCCGCGCCCACGGCUGCACCCUCCCAAUCGAGAUCCUCUACCUCGGCGACGAGGACCUCGACGAAGAGAUCCGGGACGAGCUGGAAGCCCUGCCCGGCUCGGUGGUAACCCGCGACCUAAGCAUAAUGGUCGACGACGCCGGCUGGACACUCCGCGGCUGGGCAGCCAAGCCCUUCGCAAUCCUGCUGUCCAGCUUCCGGGAAGCGAUUUUCAUCGACGCGGACGCGCUCUUCCUGGCGGACCCGGCGGCGCUCUUCGACGACCCACUGUACCAAUCCACGGGCGCACUGUUCUUCAAAGACCGGCUGUUCAUGCCCGGAAACGAGAAGCGGGCGUGGUUGCGGCGCGUCCUCCCCGCGCCGGUCUCCCCGCGUGUCCGCCAGAGUCGCAUGUGGACUGGCCAGAGCAUCCACAUGCAGGAGUCUGGGGUGGUGGUUGUCGACAAGUGGCGCCAUUUCGUGGCGUUGUUGAUGGUCACCCGCAUGAAUGGGCCGGAUCGCGAUGGCGAUGAGAGUAGGGGGCUGGUGGGGGUUUAUGAUAUGGUUUAUGGGGAUAAGGAGACCUUCUGGUUGGGAUGGGAGCUGGUCGGCGAUACCGAGUACGCUUUCCAUGAGGGCGCGGCCGCGGUGAUGGGCAAGCCCCAGGCGAACCGCGACAACACCACCACAGCAGAGGGUCAGGAGCACGACUUGAAGUACACCGUGUGCGCCCCGCAGCUGCUGCACUUGGGCACCGAUGGAAGACCCCUGUGGUUCAAUGGGUGGCUGCUGCCGGAUAAGUUCUCGGGCGAGCAGCGCCGCCCAACGGAGUUCGAGGCCUUUAUCCCCGAGCCCCCAAGUGCGGAGGACAGCGGCUCGUGGCAGUUGCACGACAGCAACGUCUGCUGUCUGUCGGCAGAUCAGGUAUUCUACUUCGAUGCGGCAGAAAAGGACGCGUUGGAUGAGCUGAUUGAGAUCGCACGGGAUGUUGGGGCGAUUGCCGGGGCGCAUUAG